AUGUCCAAAGCUAAUCUAGGGUCAGACCUGAUCCCUCUCUUCAAAUCCAUCGGGCUCAACCAAGCGAAAGCUGCAGAAGCGGCCAAGUCUCCUAAGACCGCAGCUGUUCUGGAGGCUAUCAUCAACGACAAUCAUACUGUAGCAGCAGGUCUUGACGAAAAACGAUCAGGAUUGAUUGUUGCACUAGCCGGGUCCCUUGCGAAGACGGACGGAGUUGACCUACCAGAAAGAGACUAUGUUGUCAACAAAAUCUUAGACGGAAAGUUGAAGUCGGUCGACCAGGUUUCGGUCGCUGUUAAGUACGUCGAGUCACACAAAAUACCCAUUGAAGAUGCCGAAUUCGAUCAAGAGUGCGGAGUUGGCUUUAGCAUCAGCCCCGCGGAUCUUCAUGACCAGGUGAAGACGUAUAUCGCAACAAAUCGUAUUCCUGGAUGGGCGAAUUUUGGAACUGUCAUUAGUGCCCUCAAAACGACCCCAGGCCUUCGCUGGGCUAAUCCCCUGGAGGUGAAAAAUGCCGUGGAGAAUGUCUUCUUAGAUACUUUUGGACCAAAAGAGGCAGCAAAGCGCAAAGAGAAGAAAGAUACAAAACCUGCAACGCCAGCCCCGGUUUCAGAGUCUCCGACGGAUGAUUCAACAACAAUUCGAAGAACGGUGUUUGAGGAAGGUUUUUUGGGACAACUUCAUAAACCUGGCGGAAAUCCUCAACUGCAUGAUCGCCUCCGUGAAGCCCAUCUGGCUGCCACUGGCGGGAAUGUAUGGACACGUUUCCCCCCCGAACCAAACGGUUAUCUCCACAUUGGUCAUUCAAAGGCCAUUUUCGUCAAUUUUGGAUACGCAGCGCACCAUGGGGGAAAAUGCUACCUUCGAUACGACGAUACCAAUCCCGAGAAGGAGGAAGCCAGAUACUUUGAAAGCAUCUUGGAAAUGGUACGGUGGCUUGGAUUCGAACCCUGGAAAAUCACGUACUCGAGCGAUUAUUUCGAAGAACUAUACGAACUUGCCGUGGAGUUAAUCAAGCGUGAUAAAGCAUAUGUGUGUCAUUGUACCCAGGAGGAGAUCAAGGUCGACAGAGGAGAGAAGCGGGGUCAGCCCAGACCUUGUAUUCAUCGGGACAGGCCUGUGUCGGAAUCUCUUUUUGAAUUCGAGAAUAUGAAGAACGGCAAGUAUCGCCCCAAAGAGGCAAAUUUACGCAUGAAACAGGACCUUGAGGAUGGGAACCCUCAGAUGUGGGAUCUGACAGCAUAUCGCGUGCUGGAGACACCCCAUCAUCGUACUCACGACAAGUGGAAGAUUUACCCAACUUACGACUUUACGCAUUGCUUGGUAGAUAGCAUGGAAAAUAUAUCACAUUCGUUAUGUACUGUGGAGUUUAUUGCCUCACGUCAGUCAUACGACUGGCUUUGUGAUGCAUUGGAGGUAUACAAACCCAGACAGUCGGAAUAUGGUCGACUCAAUCUGGAGGGUACCCUCAUGUCCAAGCGCAAAAUCCUUGCGCUUGUCAACGAAGGAUUUGUGACUGGUUGGGAUGACCCUCGUCUUUAUACUCUGAUUGCCCUACGGCGGCGUGGUGUGCCUCCAGGCGCCAUCAUCUCGUUCGUGAGCACCCUGGGGGUAUCCACAGCAGCGUCCAACAUCGAGAUUUCUCGGUUUGAACAGACAGUUAGGCAGUACUUGGAGGGCACUGUACCUCGUCUGCUGAUGGUAAUGCGCCCAUUGAAAGUCACAAUCGAGAACCUACCAGAGGACUUUUUACUGAUGAUUGAGAAGCCACUUCACCCGAAGGUGCCAGAGCUCGGCACGACUUCCAUACCUUUCACUCGCACAAUCUAUAUCGAGACUGACGACUUCCGCCUGGAAGAUUCGGAGGACUAUUUCCGCCUAGCUCCAGGAAAAACAGUUGGGUUGUUCCAAGCACCGUUCCCAAUCACCUGCACCUCCUUUAAGGCCGACCCCGUGUCUGGGGAAGUUGUAGAGUUGGUUUGUAAGGCAGAGAACGAGGGUCGUCCCAAGAAGCCCAAGGCAUACAUCCAGUGGGUGGCCGAUCAUGCUGCCUCAAGUAGUCCAGUAAGGAUCGACGAAACACGGAUUUUCCAUCGUCUCUUCAAGAGUGAUCGUCCGCCCAGCGACUUCCGGAGUGACAUCGCAUCGAACUCAUUGGAGGUCGUAAAAGGUGCAAUCAUCGAGGUUGGCUUUUGGCCAUUGGCGAAACGGGCAAUGGACGAGGCACGUCAGGAAGCAAAGGCUAGAACAGACAAGGCUGCUGCGUUUAAUCGAUCUCAGGACGACGAAACACCACAUGCGACCAACGAACAGCUCGUCGGCAACGAAUGCCUCCGAUUUCAGGGAUUGAGGGUGGGGUACUUCGCUCUGGACAAGGAUGCUCGCAUCGCUUGUAUCAAUGAGGGAACCAAAACUACAGGCCGAGAACAGGGCGAUUAUAUUGUUCUAAACCGGAUUGUCAGUUUGAAGGAAGACGCUGGAAAAACACCUUAGUCGGUUUUUUUUGUCAAAGUAAUAGCUUCCAUAACGUUCGGCCAUUCUUUCAUACUCGAAUCAAAGUCAUAAAAUUC